CAUUGGUCCUCGGGUCCACAACGGGUAGGUAUCCCUUUUUGUUGAUCCCUUUAAUGCGUUUGCCCAGUGUCACCGUGGUGUAUAAAACGGACAAACCGCCGGACGAAGGACGACACUCUUGAACGGUACGGUGCGUGAGCCAACAGCCUCGUUCAGUUCCCAUCCCGAACAUGAAUUGUGUUAUUGCAGUCUUUGCGGUGGGUCUAGCAUUAGCUAGCGCUGGGUACGUGGAACACUAUCACGGUGCGUCGAGUUUUAGCUCGUUCGAUCUGAAGUCAUCUCCCAUCGAAGGCAACCGACUGGUACAGACAAAAUCCUAUGCCGCCCGUCCAGCCCUAGUAAAAGGUUCGACCGAUCACGCAGUCGUUAACUACGAAGCUACGAAGCCAGUAAUUAGUACGGUGUACAGUGCACCAAUCACGAAGACGUUGACCUACAGCAGUGCUCCCCAAGUGCAGUAUGUGGCUCCCGUUCAGCACAAGUGUGAGCAGACGGAACACAAGCAGCUCAUCACCCCGGUGCAAACGUCAGUAACGUACGGUGUACCGAUCAGGUCGAGCAACUCCGGCUGGAGUCAGUCAGGAUCGUACGGAUCGGGCUUUAAACCACUCCAGCAAGCUACCCAAGCUCCCGGUGGAUCUUAUGGAACGAGCUCCACAAUUGGACAUACCAUAUCGCAUCACUACACAGCUCCGCAGUCCAGUAGCAUCAUCUACACACCACCUAAAACUACUCAAAUAAUCUCUUCAGCUGGUUACGGAGCUAUUAAUCAUCAGUCAGCUUCGUUUGGUGCUUACAAUCAACAUACUCAACCAGCUCCUAUUGUAGAAACUCUGGUGGAUGUAGCUCCUCCAAAGCUAAUCCAAGCUCAACCAUCUUAUGGAGUCCCUACAACGGACUCCAAUCUCCACCAUGUCGCUCAAGUAACACCAGUGAAAGUAACUUCCACAUCCAGCUACGCAACAGCUGGAAGUGGCUGGAAACAGUCAUCCACUGGCUACGCCACCUCGCACCAAUAUAAAACAGGUUCCAUCCCAAUCAAGUCUACCCCACAAUACGUUGCGCCGGGACUUGCCGCAUCGGGAAGUUCCUCUUGGAGUGGAGCUUCCAAGAACCAUGGUCACAGCUUCACCACCACUCACAGCUACAGCAGCCAAGGCCAGACAAACAACGCCCAACAGUAUCUACCUCCGAAGGCGACUCUCAUUACACCAGUUGCCGUAACAUCCGUACAGUCGAGCCCUGCACGCGAAUAUCUGCCUCCGAGAGAAUAUCUUCCUCCAGCACAGGACAGCAAAGGUACGGCGGCGACCGCGCACAUUGCUACCGGCAACAUUGGCUCCGUUUCGUACGAAGUUCCUCAGAAGCUGUUAGCUGUUAGCAAACUUCCUCAGCAGUAUAUUGUAGCCACCGGCCAUUCGGUCAACCAAGUAGUCCAUCAAAGCGCACAGUACGGCCAGCAGACAGCAGCGGUUCUAUCCCCACUACACGUUACCGUCCAUAAAACGCCCGUUCUAGCCUACACCCCAAAGCAUCACUGUGCCCAGGACCAUUAGGGUGCCGCGAUCAUAAAAAUGCAAACGAAAAUCGUUCACUUAAUAAAAACCGGUGACCUCCGACGUCCCACAACAAAACCCAGUGGACCUCCUGUGUGUCUG